AUGGCGUUCGACGAUGCCGUUGAAGAGGAAGACAACGACGAACAGCGAGAAAGAAGAAACGAAGAAGAAGAAGAAGAAGAAAUGACGAAGAAAACGACGCUGAACAACAGCGCGCGGGCCAACACCACCACCGAUGAAAAAACUGCCGCUCAAACGGACGACGACGACGAAGAAGAAUCAGAUUCAGAUUCAGAGGAAGAAUCCUCCUCAGAGGAAGAGGACGAGGAAGAGUUGGCGAAGUGGCGAAAUACGACGUACGAAGUCGGCGAUCGCGUCUCCGCGUUCGCCUCGUGGUUUCAAACGAAAGACAAAUACUUACCGGCGAGAGUCAUUCACGAGACGACGAAGAAAGAAACUUUGCGAGGCGUUUUUGGAGGAAAAGGAGGAGACGCGGCGAAGAAGAGCGGUUCCGGCGACGGGGCGUCGGCGACGGUGGUGCAGAUGAUUAAGCGGUAUUACUGCAGCUACGAAGGGUACUCGAAACGGAUGGACGCGUGGUUGGAUGCGAGUAAGAUGCGGCCGUUGAAGGAAGAGGACGACGGGUCGAACGAGCAUUUGAGCGAGGAAGAGGAAGAAGAGGAGGAGGAAGAAGAAGCGAUGGAGAUUUUAGAGGAGCAGACGACGACGAGGAAAAGGAACGAGGGAGCUGAAGAGGAGGAAGAGGAAGGUAUCGUAGAAGUGAACGACAAUAAAAGUGGCGGAGUCGUCGUGACCGACGCCGGCGAGGAAAACGAAGAAGAAGAAGAAGAACGUGUAGGGACGAAGCGAAGGAGGACGGGUGAAAACGCAGAGCCGAGUAAUGGUGGUGGUACGAACGCGAGUAAAGGCGCCGACGGUUCGGAGAGUCAUCCGCGCGCUUCGAGCAAAAACAAAACGAUGAGCAACAGCAAUAGUAACAAGAAAGAGAAGAUCGGAGGCGGUAGCGGGGACAUCGUUGAUGUCGCUGCCGUCGUCGCAGGAGAAGAUGGCACCGUAGAAGCCACGUCACCGAGUGCUAGGAACAACGGAACGACUAACGCAACCAUUUUAGCGACCGCGGUGGCUGGAAACGCCGACGCAGCGACACCAACGGUUAUAGUCGAACCACCAAAUGAAGUCGUCGAUGUCGACGCUGAAAAUAAUAACAACGAUAAGGCAGCAGCGAACGCCGUCGUCGCGAAUCAAAAGAAAACGAGUGCAAGUAUGAACAAUAACAACAACAAUAAAACAAAAGGAGGGAAGCCGAAAGAGAAAAAGGGAACGAAGAAGGAGACGCAGCAACACCAACACGACGUGGCGGCGGCCAUCGUGAAAAAUGCAAAAAACGUCGACGUUCUCCAAUUGGGAGCGUUUGAAGUGGACUGUUGGUACCGAGCGCCGUAUCCAGACGAGUUCACCAGCGAUAACAGAUUAUUCGUUUGUGAAUUUUGUUUGAAAUAUUGCAAAAGACGCAAGACGCUCGUGAAACAUAAAAAAUGUUGCCCUUUGACGCACCCGCCCGGGAACGAAAUUUACAGGCACCCCGCAGAAAUCGAAAAGAGAACGAUGCGUGGUGAAAAUGGGGAAGAAGAGAGAGAAAUUGAAGAGAUUGUUCGUCCAGAACUGUCGGUGUUUGAAGUCGACGGCGCGCGAGCGGCGACGUAUUGCCAAAACUUGUGUCUGUUGGCAAAACUCUUUCUCGAUCACAAGACUUUGUAUCACGACGUUUCGCAGAUGCUUUUCUACGCCUUGUGCGAAAAAGGCGAAGAUGAGAAACACAGGGUCGUCGGAUACUUCUCUAAAGACAAAAACGGCUCUCAGACGGGACAUAAUUUGGCAUGCAUAUUGACGUUGCCGCCGUACCAGCGCAAAGGCUACGGUAGAUUUCUCAUCGCGUUUUCGUACGAGUUGACGAAACGCGAAAGCUGGGUUGGAACGCCAGAGAAACCUUUAUCGGAUUUAGGAUUGAUGAGUUACUCCGCGUAUUGGGGAGACGUGAUCAGCGAGUUGUUGAAAUCGCUGGAAAUUGGCACAGUGAUCACGCUUUCGAAGAUUUCCAAGCUCACGCAUCUGGCCACGCAGGAUGUCAUUUUAGUCCUCGAACAAGCGCAAAUUUUGAAGCGCAAAAGUAAAGGCGAUGGACAACAACAACAACAACAACAAGGUACUGUCACAACCGAUGCAACGACGACGACGACGAACGCGAAUGGAAACGACUCGGCGAACGUGGUCAUCGGUCAAGUAGUCGAAGUGACGGCGGAAACCAUUGCGAAGCUGGACGAGAUUGUGACCCCGGCGGCGAGGCGAGCGAAAGCGUUGGACGUGAACGUUAAGUAUUUGAAGUGGGAAGGAACGCCGGUGAGUAACGUCGUGUAA